CAAGUUAUUUCCCUGACCACCCACCAUGGCCAAAGCCUUCCCCUACCGCAAUGAGCCCGUCCGAACCAUCUACACCCUCCUCAGCAUCUUCUGGAUCCUCUUCCGUCUCCCAUUCUGGAUGUUACGCAAUGCAUUAGCCUCUUGGCGUCCCCGCCGCAACUGGACUUUCCUCCGUUCCAUCAUCGUCGAAGUGGCCAACCCCGUUGUCCUCAUCAUGGCAGAAGCAUUCCCUCCUAGCCACCAAUCCUAUGAAGAGCUAGCAACGAAACCUGGCUUUGUUUGGGUCGAACCGCUGAGCGAGGAUAUAGUUGUGGGUGAUGUUAAGCGGUAUGCGGAGGUGAAUGGUGUGAGUAAUGAGAGAACGGGCGGGUUUUGGUAUGGCUUGGAGGGGGUAAAAACUACGCCUCCGACGGAAGCUGGACCGGGUGACCGGGUUAUUUAUUAUCUGCAUGGUACGGCUUCUGUCUUUUGUUGGCUUUUUGCCUUCGCCCUGUGUUAUUUUCUCAUACAACUCUGAUACUAAAUCUGAAUCAACAGGUGGUGGUUUCGUCAUGGGCAGUGCAUCCCCCUCAUUCCCCCCAACACUCACAACCACCCAAGGACUCCUCCAACACACCUCGUUCACCCACAUCUUCGCCUCCGAAUACCGCCUCUCCUCCGGUCCUCCACUCCCCCCCAAAAACCCCUUCCCAGCGUGCCUAUUAGACGUCCUCGCUGGGUACUUUUACCUAGUCAAUACCCUUAAAUACCUGCCAGAGAACGUGAUUGUGGCGGGGGAUUCGGCGGGUGGAGUGUUGGCGUAUCAGCUUGUUCGGUAUUGUGUUACUUAUCGUGGUCGUGGAGGUGAAGGUAAAGCCAAAGCCAAAGCCAAAGGAACGACCCCCUUCCCACUCCCACACGGCCUCCUCCUCUUAUCCCCCUCCGUAGACUGCCUUCUUCGUCCUCUGCCAGGGACAAGCAUGAUCACCAACAGACGAUCCGAUUACAUCGCUCCGUGGUUUGAUAAACGGUAUGCUGUAUCUGCCUUGAUGGGUAAAGGGCUUGUAGAAGCGGAUUUGGACCAUUCAUGGUUCUCUCCUGGGUCCAUGAGUGACCGCGACCAGGAGGAGAAGGAGAUGACUGGGGUUAUUUUCAGGCAAUUCCCAAAAACGAUGAUUGUUACUGGAGAAGCUGAGAUGUCGAGGGAUUGUAAUCGGGUUUUGAAGGAACGGAUGGAGAUGGGGGGACAGGCACAGGGGGGAGGGAAGGUGGUGUAUGUGGAAGUGGAGGACGCACCACAUGAUAUUCUGACUUCGACUUUGUGGGAACCGGAAAGGACCAUUGCGUUGCAGAGGAUUGGGAGUUGGGUUGGGGAGUUUUGAAGUCUUUUUCUUUUCGAGUUUUGUUUGCUUUCUGAACUGCUGUUACUCCUAUUCUCAUGCUUUCCUUUGAAGUGUUAAAAAAAUCUCACAAACAAGUUUCAUUUGUUGAAUUGUGCACACUGCGGGGCCCGGGCCUUGCCUGGAGUCGUGGAUUAGAGUCAUUCAAGAGUCAUUUGUCAAGUUGGCUAUGUGCUAGCUACGUAUAUAGACCAGUAGCUUGUGUCGAUUUUGUUUUGUGUUGCGAUUUUUUAAAACAUGGCUUUGACAGACUCA